ACAGUGACUGCAAUUAACAAGCUAUUACAUCCUACAUAUAUCGUAUAAUAUAUCCUUUACCAUCUGUUUGCCAUUGCAGCUGUCGCCUGGGCCAAUCACCAUGAGAGCCUCUCCCUCAGUCCUGCGGAGCACUCUGUGGUUCGAUAUACAAACGAAUCGCUCAUCGUCCAGUGCCGCAGCCCAGAUCCAAAAGUGUUGCUGCAUUGGAAAUCGCCGAAAGGCGAAAUUAUACGCGAGCACAAAGGACGCAUUCACAUUGAGCAAACAUCAGCAGAACAAUUGAAAAUCGUUUUCGCCCACAUCGCAUUGGCCGACAAGGGCAAUUGGACCUGCGAAGCUGCUGAUGGAAGUGUGCAUAGUAAAUCCUUCGAUUUGAUUGUGUACCAGAAAAUUACAUUCACGGAAAAUGCCACCGUGAUGACCGUUAAGGAGGGUGAAAAGGCCACCAUUCUGUGCGAAGUGAAGGGCGAACCCCAACCGAAUGUCACCUGGCAUUUCAACGGACAGCCCAUCAGUGCCGAAGCGGCCGACAACUCCAAGUUCCGCAUCCUGGCCGAUGGUUUGCUCAUCAACAAGGUAACACAGAAUGACACCGGCGAGUACGCGUGCCGGGCAUACCAAGUCAACUCGAUUGCUUCCGAUAUGCAGGAGCGCACAGUUUUGAUGAAAAUCGAACAUAAACCCAUGUGGUCCAAAACGCCUUUUGUAAGCCUUAAGUACGCCUACAUCAACGGCACUGCCACUCUUAUAUGCGAAGCUCUGGCGGAACCCCCAGCCAACUUCACCUGGUAUCGCAAACAUAACCGGCUUUAUAGCAACAAUAGGCUCUACACCAUCGAAUCGGAUAGCUACUGGUCCAGCCUCACCAUCCACGUCCUGAACACCAGUGCCUUCGAUAAUUACAGGUGUCGUGCAAAGAAUGACCUGGGUGUCAUCGAGAGGACCACGCGAUUGGAGCAGGGCGAUAAACCACCUGCACCCGUGAACUUUAUGCUGCGGGGCUACAAUUCGAAUACCUUCGAUGUUGUUCUGAGUGCACCACGGGGUCCACCAGACAGUCCCAUGGGGGUGAACGGCUUCCGUAUCGAGUACAUGACAGAAAUGGAGUUCAAGACGGAUGUCGGCAAAUGGACCAAUGCCAAACGGAAGGAUUAUCCAUUUGAAGAAGGUGCAACAUUCCUUCUGACAAACUUAGAGCCCGAUACAGUCUACCUGGUAAGGGCUGCAUCUCGCAAUUUGGCAGGGUUCAGUGACUAUACCAAAGUUGAGAAAUAUAAGACACUGUCCCUGGAGCCUCGCUCCUCUGCGUCAAUUCUAAAGACCUCAACUCUACUCCUGGGCCUCAUGAUACUAAUGGGUCGGAUGCGAUCAAAUCUCGGAUGAAUCUGAAUCUGCAGGCGGAUGAAGGAUGACGGGUAUUGCUCCUAGCAGAACCAGAAACCAGGCCGUUAACCCCCAUGUGCUUUGUAUAGCUUUAAGGCGUGUCCGCAAGGAUACUUUUCUGUCUGAUUUGCUCGGUCUAAGUAAUUGGGUUAACUCUUAAGUUCAGUGCGUUAAUAUAAACCUUAAAUGGAGUUAUGUUUAAGUUAAGUAAUAGGUUCUUUUUAGCUUUGAAUGCUUUGGUUUAAAAGAUAUUAAUGGACAACUUAUAGGAAUAUUUAUAUAUUUCAACAAAUCCUCAUAGCGGUUAAAGAAAAUCAACCUUGGCUCUCGGCAAUUAUGCAACUUUUAAGCUUCGUUCAAGUUUUCUUUUUUGUGAAAAAGUUAAUUUCAGGAUUGGCUGGCUUUUCUUAGUGAAUAUUUAAACUCGAAUUGGGUGUUUUCCCGCUGAGCUUAAGCCUUGAAGCCUUAACUUGAAAGAGAUUCUGUUGCCAAAUCUUUAGGAUAUAAUCAAAAAGUGGCCAAAAUUAAAAAAUAGUAUUUAUUCUAUACACUCUAGAAGAGUAAAUCUAUGCAAACAUAAAAGCCUUCCUUCCUUAAUUAAUCCUAUAAAAAUCGUUAAACUAAACUACAUACACUUUCUAUCUUAAAUCUCGAAUAAACCAUCAAACGCAUCAAACAAUAAAUAAAAAUAUGAAAGAGCUUAAAAACAGCAUUUGAAAGUUUUAUACAACACGUAAUCUUUGUAACAGUUCAAAGCCAAAACAAACAAUUGAACAUGUAAAUUUCCAGUGCUAAAAAUAAAGGAUAUUAUUUAUAUGUAAAAGUAAACAUAAUCCGUUUCCCACGAUACAAAGGGAAGGCCAACAAACGUUGCCAAAAAAGAACAUUACAAAAACCAAAAAAAUAUACAUUUUACAAAAAUAGUUUAAACCCAAUGAAAGGGAACAUAUUUCCCCAAGGUGGGGUAAAAUUAAAACCAUAAAUCCUAGCCAAAGAUAAAAUAAAUUGUGGUUUCCGUUUGCCAAUUGUGUGUGAGCCUAAAUAAAAGAUAUUACAAAUACCAAA